UAAAAACCUCGAUCUUCAAGAAGUUGAUAUAUAUAUAAAUUAACAGCGAAGCAAAGAAGAUCAAGUUUCAGUGCAUUGGGUGCGGUGAGAAGUUUCUUUCAAGGGAUAAGCAAGGCUUCUAGAGAAUUCAAGGAAAUGGGACAAGAAUACACACGCAGGUCGUCCCUCACAUGGACCUUCUUCCUGUUGGUGCUGUUGACAACUCAACUGGAUGACAGCGAAGCAUUUGUCAGCUUGAAAGUGAAGAAACUUCUGAAAAAAGCCCUUUUGUUGAAAGCUUUGACAAGUCCGAAAGGAAUCGCCAUUAUUCCUAUUCCUAUACCACUGAGUCUCUUGCAAAAGUUAAAAGAAAAGAAGGAGGAAGAAAAGAAAACGCCCCCGCCUAUGCCCUACCCAAUGCAUACCAUGGAAUACGCUUGGGUGCCACCAAAGGAAAUGGAUAUGAUGAUGCCACCACCAAAGGAUGGAAAAAUGAUGCCAAGUGGCCAUUAUGGAAUGAUCGCAGGCAUGUAUUGAAGUCCAUGCUUCUAAUGAUAACCAGAAACAGUGAAAGUUUCAAGCCAAACUACGGGCAACACGGCAAUGUAAAAGCGCAGCUGAAAGUUCUAUAUUGUAUAUAGUUUACUUGUAAAGACAAUUUUUCGAAUGAUACGCAUUACGGAUGCUUCCCACCGAGUGUUUAAAUAAGAUAUUACAAUUCUUUUUAGAUUCAAUCAUCCAAAAUUGGGCUGCUAAUAGAUAUAUUUCAUUGCUAAUGUAAAGCAAUUGGUUUCACUCAAAAUAAAGAAGUAAACCUUAAAAGAGCAUGAAAGUUAAGGAGCCAGUAAUAAUAUAAUUUGCAAUAAAAAUGCAUGGGAUACAGUCUAUUAGUUGGACGUAACAGAUUUAUAUAAUUAUAUAUUAACUAAUCAAAAGAUUAGUCAUGCAAUAUGUUAGAAGUAAACUAUCAAAUCCCUUGCUUUUAUCUGAAUUUAUCAAAUCACUUCCUGUGUACAUCUAUGUAAAAUAAAUAAUUUUUAGAAGAUCUAGGAAA